UGCAUUUCUACUGUGACACUUGUUCUGUCCCAAUCUGCCGGGAAUGUACCAUGGGACGACAUGUAGGUCAUAGUUUUAUCUACCUCCAAGAUGCCCUUCAAGAUUCAAGAACCCUCACCAUCCAGCUGCUAGCAGAUGCUCAGCAAGGACGCCAGGCUAUUCAGCUGAGUAUUGAACAGGCCCAAGCAGUGGCAGAGCAAGUUGAAAUGAAAGCUAAAAUGGUGCAGUCUGAAGUCAAAGCUGUGACAACUAGACAUAAGAAGGCCCUGGAAGAAAGAGAGUGUGAACUGCUAUGGAAGGUGGAAAAGAUUCGUCAAGUCAAAGCCAAGUCGCUCUACUUGCAAGUUGAAAAGUUGCGUCAGAACCUGAAUAAAUUGGACAACACAAUUAGUGCUGUUCAGCAGGUCCUAGAGGAGGGGCGCACCAUAGAUAUUCUUCUGGCCCGGGACCGCAUGCUGGCUCAGGUGCAGGAGUUGAAGAAUGUGAGAGGCCUUCUGCAGCCCCAGGAGGAUGACAGAAUCAUGUUCACACCUCCUGACCAGGCUUUGUACAUGGCCAUAAAAUCAAUGGGGUUUGUUAGCAGUGGGGCUUUUGCUCCUCUGACCAAAGCCACUGGGGAAGGUCUCAAACGUGCACUACAGGGCAAAGUGGCCUCCUUCACAGUGAUGGGAUACGACCAUGAUGGUGAGCCACGCCUUUCAGGAGGCGAUAUGAUCUCUUCAGUGGUGAUGGGCCCUGAUGGCAACCUGUUUGGAGCCGAUGUUAGCGAUCAGCAAAAUGGGACCUACGUGGUCAGUUACAGGCCACAGCUGGAGGGAGAGCAUCUUGUUUCAGUCAUGAUGUGCAACCAGCACAUUGAGAACAGUCCAUUCAAAGUCAUGGUGAAAUCUGGGCGCAGUUACAUUGGCAUUGGGCUACCAGGGCUUUCGUUUGGCAGUGAGGGAGAUGGUGACGGCAAGCUGUGUCGUCCCUGGGGAGUCAGCAUAGACAAAGAGGGCUACAUCAUUGUUGCUGAUCGCAGCAAUAACCGCAUUCAGGUGUUUAAGCCUUGUGGCACCUUUCACCACAAAUUUGGCACGUUAGGCUCUCGGCCUGGCCAGUUUGAUCGACCUGCGGGUGUUGCCUGUGACAUCUCACGUAGGAUUGUUGUGGCUGACAAGGACAAUCAUCGCAUCCAGAUCUUCACGUUUGACGGGCAGUUCAUUCUGAAAUUUGGGGAGAAAGGAACCAAGAAUGGGCAAUUCAAUUACCCAUGGGAUGUGGCAGUCAACUCUGAAGGCAAAAUCCUAGUCUCUGAUACGAGGAACCACCGAGUUCAACUCUUCGGGCCUGACGGUGUGUUUCUGAAUAAGUAUGGCUUUGAAGGGGCACUCUGGAAGCACUUUGAUUCCCCAAGGGGUGUGACUUUCAAUCAUGAGGGCCACUUAGUAGUCACAGAUUUCAACAACCAUCGCCUUUUGGUCAUCCAUCCAGAUUGCCAGUCAGCACGCUUCCUUGGGUCAGAAGGCACUGGUAAUGGCCAGUUCCUGCGCCCACAGGGUGUGGCAGUGGAUCAAGAGGGGCGCAUCAUUGUGGCUGAUUCUAGGAACCACCGAGUGCAGAUAUUUGAGUCCAAUGGUAGCUUUUUAUGCAAAUUUGGCACUCAGGGGAGUGGCUUUGGUCAGAUGGACCGUCCUUCAGGUAUAGCAGUCACCCCUGAUGGCAUGAUUGUUGUGGUCGACUUUGGAAACAAUCGGAUUCUCGUCUUCUAAUUUUGUUGUCUGAAUUAGGAAGAAACUGUCUCAGGGAAAUUCUUUUUUUCUUUUUUUUAAGAUAACGAAAAAAUACAACGUUGAUUCAAACCUACCUCAUCUUUAUUUUUAUUUUUUUUUACAGGUGAAUGUACUUCUUUUUUCUGCAGGGAGUGAUCCUGUGAAGUUAUAAAUUCUAUCUACCUCAUUAUCUUUUUCCCCCUCCCCACUCCCUGCACACACAGUUCAGUAAUUUUUUACCUCUUCCCCCCAGACGGGGCAUCAUGCACAAAUGUGUUGCUGUGCACAUUAGGUGGUCUGUGUGGUGAGUUCUGUAGACUAAGCCAAAAAGGCUCUAUGUAUCUUUUUAAAUAUAGAAGGGGUCAGAGGGGGGGAAGCAGUAGCAUUAGCUAUUUGUAGAGAAUUUUGUGUUCUUGAUCAUACUGUGGCUUGGGCUGGGAGGGUGGUUUUUUUUAAUUGCUGCUGCAGCAGAGAACUUUUUCUUGUUCUCCUUUAUUAUUUUUAAUACCUCAAUGUGUUUGAUUUACUGUUCAACAUAGUGUCUUGUUCCCAGAAGACUUUGAUCUUUUUGUGGAAAUGGGUGGGGUUCAGUAGCCAGAAGAAGCAUGCUUGCAUUUUUGGCAUGUGUGUGUUUUAAGAGUAGUAAUCCCACAGCACAACAUGAAACUAAGAAAAUGCACAGAUUUCUGUUUUUUGGGGUUUUUUAAACAAAAAAAAAGUCACUUCUGGUGACUUAGCUUAGUUUAUAAGAUUUAAUGAAAAAGCAAGACUCUUUAAUGUAUUCUCUAUUCUUUAAUUUUCUUUUAGUCUUUUUUGUUGACUCUUAGCUAUAUUUUGAAAAACAAGUUUCCAUUCUUCCCUCCUCUUGUUUUAACCACUAUGAAUACCAUUGGUGGUUACAAGGAGUAUGGCAACAAGGAAGAGUGAACCCUUGAUUUUGAAGUUUUGUUUCUUGUGAAAUAGCUAGUCUUUCUUUUCCUUCCAUUUAAGACUUUUUAGUUAGAAUAACUGAGUUAAUAGAUGUGUUCUGGGACAAAUUAGUAUGUCUCGUUUUCCAAAAACAAGCACAACUUUGGAAAUUCAGGGUGCAUUUCAGAGAUCCAACUAAUCAGUGACAAGAAUGGAACUUUUUUUGUUCUUUUCCCUUCACCCUUUCAUAUCUUCCUCUUCCUCCCCUUCCAAACAGUUGGAUCAAAAGACUUGGAGGCAAGGACACCCUAAUGGCCCCAUGGAUUUGUGGUACUAGUCCUGAUUAUUAAGUAAUUAACACAAGGCACCAUGGAUCCACGUGCAUCUUUUCCAGGGCAGCACCAAAGACUUCUGCUUAAAAUGGGGACAGUGGCCAAUCAAAACUUUUGAAUUCUGAUUAAAUUCUGAAUCUGAUUUUAAGCUGCAAAGCUUGGCUCUAACUAGGGAAGAAGGGAUUCUUGUUUUUUGGAGAAGCAGAGAUUUCUGUGGAGAGGGCUGCUUUACCAAGCCACAUGAAUUAUAAUUCUUGUGAAGUUACAGUCUGCACUUAAGUAUCUUCAUGCCAGUGUUAACAGCUAAGUUGGGAUGGGACUCCCAAGACAUAUAUUGCCUUGCCUUCUGGGUAGGGCCCAUGAUUGCAAACCAAAAGAGCUAAUGUAGUUAGCAUGAAGAGCUUUCCCAUCAUGUGGGGAUUGAAGACUUCAUGCAUCAGUGACUAAUCUCCUUGCUUUGCUGUAAAAAUUGCAUUUUCUAUUCCAGCAAGAGCUGUGCUGAAAGACUGAGCAAGGUCAUUAUCUAAAAAAGCUAAAGUGCCUUGCUACCCUUGAAGGAAAGUGUUCAUCUCUCCAAGAUCCCACUCACAAAAGCAACCUAGAAUAUUGAAGGGUUCUUUCCAUGUUAAUGGAGUAUUUCAAGGUGUAUCUUCUUUCACUGCGUUUUCCCACUAUCGGACUUCCAAGAAAGUUAUUUCCUGUUUUUAGAAAUCCGUGUGACCUAUACAUUCACACUCCAUGAUAUAGCUACUUUGGAAGUGAAGCCAAGAGACUUGGGAUAGCAAAAUUCCCCUUUUUAAAAUAGGGAGGAGUUAACCCUAAAUUACACAAUAUAGAACAACUACUCUAUCUUCAACCAAAGUUUCAUGAAGCAAAUUCUUCAAAGCAACAUACUGCAGCUGGCCUUAAUUUUAAGGGAGAGUGUUGUUGAAAACCCUUUUUUUUUAAUAUCAAGGAUAAUCUUUUAUACAUUUGAAUAUGGCCAUUCAGAGCAUAUGCAUGAUAAAGCAAGCCGUUCCUUUUUAACACUCACAAUCUGGUUCUGUCUGACUCCUUGUGAAAGAUGUUUGUGUGUUCUUCACUAGGAGAAUUGUUUGUUUCUUGGGCUGUGGAAUUAAUUAGAUUAAAAGAUCUAUAUACCAAAGAACUGGUUAAAAGCUUUAAUUUUUAGUUUGCAGUAUCCUUGCAUUUAUCCCAUUUUGUAUCUUAAAAAUGCUUGGCCUUUUUUUUGUCUUUUUUACCUUGACCCAUAUAGCUGUCAGUGCUGGAUUAUACCAGAAGAGCUAUUGUGCUUAUUGUUUAUUGGCUUUGCCCUUUCAGAUUUCCUUUCUUCAAGGCGUUAUUUGAAACUGCUUUAGCUGCUUCUGGCAUUCUUUGUGUCGAAUUGUAGAAAAGUUGCUCUUGUCCUUCACCAUCCCUGUAGUGUGGAAGGGCUGCUGGUUGGUGGAAUUUCCAUUGACCUUUGCUAUUUUGCAUUGUCGUUGCACAAGCUUGAAGAAGGCCGCAAAUCUCUGAGGGAGGAAUGUUGUGUUUUUUGUUUAAGUUUCUGUUACUUAGUUCAGUGGAUCUGCGUACAGCACAAACAAAAACCAUUUGGCCUCUAAGUGUUUCAUUUCACAUGUUGGGAAGCUUUGGUUUUUAAAACACUACUGUAGGGCUACCCAAAUUAAUUCCUAAACUGUUACUGUAGUAGAUAGUGCUAAGCACACUUGAUCUCAUUUGAGAGUAUUAGCUUUUCAGAUGGAGUGUUUAUAAUGCAAUAAAAUAAAGUUAGCAUGAUGUUCUAGUGAAAGUAAAAUGCCAACAUUGAGUGCCCCAUAGGGGUUUUUAUUUGGUUAUAUAAUUCAUAGGAUUUCAAAUCUGGCUCAAAAUUUUAUUCUAUGCAUGUUCUCAGGCUAUUAUUAGAUAAUGCCCCGGUAUCCUAAUGCGUGUAGAGACUAAGUGUUGGACAUACAGACUGUGUGUGUGUGAAAGGGUGAACAAAAGUUUGAAGCGGAGUUGCAACUUUGCGCUUGUUCUUUACUGUUCAGUACAAUCUUCUGAACUGGUGAGUGGAUUUCAGCAGGGAAAGUGAGGCUGGUUUAUCUCUUUCUCCAAGCUCUAGCUUUAGUGAAGAAGGACAGCUCUGGAUCUACAGGUUUGUGCACUAGAAACUUGCAGAGGAAUUUUUAAUUGUGCUGGGUUAAACCAAUGUUGGCUGUCAGGAAACAUUCUGUUUCGUGAAAGAUGAUCAGCAAGUAAAACUCACUAUUCUCCCAAUUCAGCCAUAUGAAGCAGAUCUGACUCUAUUUCAGGGAAAGUUUCAACAUCGUAUUGGCUGAGGGCUUAGAAGCAGUCAUGAUACUGGGUGAUGCAGGAUCCUCAGGUAAUUCACUCUUUUUUUUUUUUUUUUUAAUUAGAACCCUUUAAAGUGUAACUUGCUGGGGAUGCCCACAAACAUAUACUGUAAGGAGUAGAAAACCUGAAAGUUAGUGUAUGUUAAGGGCAAAAAUAGUCAAGUGGGAAACUGAACGAGGCACUUCAAUGUACUCCAAUGGAAUUGCUGGAGAGGGGUUCAGUCUCUUUAGAGUUAAACCAAAAUUUAAUUUAUUAGAGGAACAGUCUUUAGGCCUGAUCCAGCCAUAUCUUUGUUUUAAUUUCUUCUGAAGGUCAUGAGAUUUCUAUGUUCAGUUCAGGUUUAAAGAAAAAAAAUGUGCCAAAGGUUUUUUUUUGAGGGUUUUUGUUUGUUUGUUUGUUUGUUUGUUUUUUAAAGGAGCCUAUCCAAAUGGUGCCAAAAGGUAACAUGGUAUUUAAAGCAAAAAAAAUAAAAAGAGGAAAAAAAGACGUUUAGACAAACAGUUUGGAGCUGUAUAAAAAAUAAACACUGGUACUUGCGGUAGACAAAUAUCAUACCUCUGGUCCUUGAGACUGUUGGAGAGUGAAACCCACUUUGCUGUGGUACAGAAUGCACAAAUGCCACUCAUUUUAUUUUUUUCCUUAAAGUUCUACCUCACUUUGGAAAAAUAAUCUACCUCAAUUUAGCAUCAAACAGGUCUUGGAAGUAAAUCUGCAUGGGGGGGGAGGGGGUAAAGGGUACAUCCAGCUGCUGAAUAAGCAUUUUUAUUUAAAUGGAAUAUUAUUGACUGAGAACAAUAUGGCAACUUUUUUUUCAUUUGUCUUUUGCUGCCUUCCCAUGGAAAUGCUAGGCUGCCCUUGCUAGAGAAACUGUAAAUAAAACCAAAUGUUCCCACACUCAGGCAAGUCUUAUGAGCAAAUAUGAAUAAUUUCUUAAAGUAUGAGUUUUCACUAGGAAUUAUGCAAACUUAAAUCAUGGUUUGUUUCAGUAUUAUAAUACUACUGGUUGACAUGACAUUUUUAUUUGCAGAAUUCUUAUGUCCUUAAGACCUUUAGGUCUUCUCUCUACAAGAGGAAAAAUAAUUGUACUUUUUGCAUGCUUCCAUUAUAUAUCCUGUUAGAAGAGACUAAGGGUAUAAUUUCUCUAAACACAAUGCUACACCAAAUGCUUGAAGGGAAUGAGACUUUUUUUGACUCGGUGAUUGUAUAUAUAGACUUCUUGACACAACAGGAUGUUUUCCACCAUGACCAUGCAACCAAGUUCUUGUUUUUACAGGGCUUUUCAGACUGAAUGUCCUUACAGCCAAUGGCAGCUCAAGUGUUGGGCUUUUAUUUGAUCUUGAGCAGUGGUGCUUUUAAGUGUGCUUAGUGUUUUUACAAAUGGAGUGAAGUUGGAAAAGCACAUAAUCAAAUAACUGCGUUGAAAAUUUUAAUUUGUUUCUGUCAUAUGGGUGAGUGACAACAGUUGGAAAAGUGAGUAUAGCAAGCCACUAAUGAUCAAGUGUCAGGUUGGGUUUGGUAAAUGUUUUGGUGGAAAAUGUACCUAGUGUCUAUGAUCUUACGGGUUAACAGGCCAGGCUGGCAUUUUUCCAUCGUUGUUUAACCAGUAAUGGUUCUAAAAAAGCUUUGUGUACCUGCAUGGUCUUAGACCUCCUCUUAAUGAUUGUAUCAACUUACAAACUCAGGUAGAUAUUUUUUUAAGCUCUUUGCGCAGAGCCUUACUGACUGAAUGUUAAGUGUCUUUGUAGUGAAUGAAGUAGGUAGAUAUUUUUCUUUGAACUUCCAGACCAGUGAACUCCUUUAUAGGUUUGUAGAAUGCUUCAGUCUAUGUAGCAGUUUCCUUCAGAGGAAGAAAUUUUGUCAUGUUUCUGGAUUUGUUUUUUAGGUUCCCUCCUCCAAAGUGACUAAAAUUGGUAUUUUUUUUGUUUGUUUUUAACUAGUUUGUUAAACCAGAUUGGUGGGGGAGGGUUUCUUUCUUUGUUCACAUUGUGUAUUAUGCACUGCUUGAUUACAGAUGGAUGCAUUUUAAGUGUUAAGCGUAUGUAUACAACCUUAAUGUGGCCCUCUAAAGGCACAUAUAAGCAAAAAUUAGCAACAGUGCAAAAAAAAGACAACUCUUGCCAAAUAAAACCAAUGUAACAAACUUGAACAGUUUUUUUUUUUUUUUUUUUUUAAAUGCCCCCUCUUAAUUUACCAAAGAGAGAGCCCCAUCUUCUAAUUACUAGCACGGAAGCAUGGUCAUCUUGAUGGCAGACUGCUCUGAUUUUUAACUAGGUGCUCAGAGCCUUAUGAUUGAUUAAUAAAAUAGGCCAUGGCAGUAAUUUGCACCCUCCAAAAAAAGUUUCACUUCACUAUUAGGACAAAAAAUUGGUGAGGUUUUUAACUUACAAAUGUUACAUACUGCAGAGGAGAAAGCAUGACAGGUCAUGUGCAAACUCUUAUGUAGAACAAGCUAACAAUGUUAGAAAACGCUUGUGUUUAACGGAGGCUUCUGAAUGUAUCUUUGUGGUCCAUGGAGAAGGCUGAAGGAUGUAGCAAGGAGAUGAUGUAUCAGCUACUGGCAGCCUUAAAACAAAGUCAGUGUCUCUUUGGACUUUAAAAUGUUCCUAUGCAGUUUUAUUUUAUUUUUUGUUUAAUCAAAUAAAUGUGAGGAGUUUUUUCAUGGCAAGCUUGUGUGUGUGUGUGUGUCUCUCUUUGUUUUCUUCCUUUCUAUUGCAUCCCAGAAGAAAGGGACAAAAGACGACAUGGCAAACCUGAAACCGUA